AUGUUGGAAGGAAGCCGCUUCGAUGCUUUCUGGCCGAGUGGGGCAUUGCACCAUGGGGUACGCUCCUCAAUGCCGGGCGCCGCAGUGAAGGUGAAAGGGGGCGUCGGCGGCAGAGGGAGCGCGGGCCCGGACUUGCUGGCGCCCCCCAGCAAGGACCUGUUGAGGAGUUUCCCCCACACCAAGCGGGUGGGCUCAUACCUGGUGGGCAAGAUGAUCAACAAGGGUUCCUUCGCCAAGGUAAUGGAAGGCCUCCACCUGGACACAGGGGAGAAGGUGGCCAUCAAGGUGAUUGACAAGAAGAAAGCCCGUCAGGAUUCUUAUGUGCAUAAGAACAUGAAGAGAGAAGCCUACAUCCAUCAGAUGAUUCGACACCCAAAUGUCGUUGUUCUUUUGGAGACCCUAGAAACGGAGAACAGCUACUACAUGGUGUUAGAAUUGUGUGCUGGCGGCGACCUGAUGGACCGCAUCUGCGACAGGAAGCGUCUGCCAGAAAAGGAAGUCCGACGAUACACGCGGCAGAUUUUGUCAGCGGUGGCGCAUCUCCACCAGCAUGGCAUUGUGCACAGAGAUUUGAAGAUCGAGAACUUUCUGCUGGACGAGCACAACAACAUCAAGAUCGUGGACUUUGGUCUGAGUAACACGCUAAGGUCGGAGUCUUUGCCUGCCGAGCUGCUCAGCACCCAGUGCGGAAGUCCCGCCUAUGCGGCCCCUGAACUACUUGCCCACCAGAAGUACGGACCCAAAGUGGACGUGUGGUCCAUAGGCGUGAGCGUGUUCGCCAUGCUAACUGGCACUCUGCCGUUCACCGUGGAGCCCUUUAACAUCAAACAACUGCACCACAAGAUGGUGGACGGCGACAUCGCGCACAUACCGAGUGACGUCAGCAAAGGCGCAGUGACAUUCGUGCUUUCUCUGUUGGAAGCCGACCCUGACGUCAGACCCAGUGUCCGAACCGCCAUGGAAGCGCCCUGGAUCAACCAAGGUUAUGCCAAGAGGCCACUACACACGUUCUGGCACAACAACAGGCUGCACGCCAAAGACGUGGACGCCUCGGUGCUGGCGUACAUGACAAACAUGCUGGGCUACUCGCCCGCAGAGGUCACGCGCACGGUCGCCAGCAAUCGGCCUUCCGCCGCCAUGGCCGCCUAUUAUUUGUUGCUAUCCAUGAUCAACAGGAUCCCAGGGGGGCUUAAGAGUGACACUGUCAAGGAGAAAAAGUCACCGAGCGGACGUCCAAAAGCAAACAGACUAACAGGAGAGCGGCAGAGUGGUGGGACAAGAACCCAUCAGACGACACUAGGAAAUGAUGAGGAUGAAGUCGACGGUGGAGCAUCUUCUUCCUCCUUUCCAACUCUCGGAACGUCACCUGAAGCCGUCGUCACCUUGAAUACAAGGGGGCCUUUGCUUCUUCCUGACGUGUUGGGAGCAAAACAGCCGGUUAUCCAUCUCUCUCCUCCAAUAACUACUGCAUCACACCUGUGUGACUCCGCCCCUUCCCACGUGCCCACCGACCCACCAGUAGAUGGCAGCGCGCCAAAGCCAGUCCGACCUCUUCUCAUCGGGACGUCGUGUUCCGACGGCGGCAGAGGACCACCGGAGGCCGUCCUAAGGUCAAAAGCGCUGCGAAAGAGCGCCGCCUCUCCCAGAAUGCAACUGGACCCCUCGCAGGGAGCUCCGCCCACCACAUUGCCACGCCUAUGCAACCCAGGGGCGAAAAACGCACGAGGUGGGAAGGUUUUGUGGGCACCGCUGAACCCUCCAGGGCCCACCGGGCUCCGAACGAGCGCCUCCAAAACUCACCCUUUGGCAGGGAAAUGCGGGAAGGCGGCGGGAACCAAGAGGACCUCGAGACGAAGGAUAACGGAGCUCAGUCUGCCGCUACUUCCUGCCACGCUGCGACGUAAAUCGGACAGGAAGUUGCAUAGCAUCAACUGCUGA